AUCACACCGUCCUGGAUCAGCCCUGGAGGAGCUCGAAUUGCUCUGAAACAUGAUGCAGUGGUCAGUGGAUGGAUGACGGAAACCUUGCAGAAGGAUGGUACAGAUUUAGCAGUCAUGGCAAUGUGAAGAUUCCCGAAACCUCGGUUCCAUUCUUUCACUGCUCUACAUGGAGUCCAGGCUGGUUAAAAGAUCCCCAUCCUGAUGUGGGAGCAGGCGAAGUGACCAGGACCAUCUGUUUCAACUGGGUUAAAGAUAACCCGAAGAGACACACUUGCUCUAAGCAAAUGGACAUCACAAUCAAAAACUGCACAGCUUACUUUGUGUAUAAGCUGAAGCCAACACCGGGCUUAUAUAGUGUGUAUUGUACAGUUACAGACUCCGCACUUGGUGAUCCGUGUGUAAAUUACAGCAUCUUGGAUCAGCUCUGGAGGAGAAUGAGUUCUUCCAGCACGAGUGAACAAUGUAUGUCUGACAAAAAUCUUGAACAAGGAUGGUACAGAUUCAGCAGUUCCGGUAGAUGGAAAAUUCCCGAGACAGCAGUUCCACAGUAUUGUUGCUGCGGGAAGAGACAAGGCUGGUUGGAAGGAUCCCAUCCCACGGUGACAGAGGGGGAGGUGAUGAGAAAGGUUUGCUUCACCAAGAAUGGAAACAACAAUCGUGCAUCUGACACUUGCCUGGAUAUUAAGAUCAAAAAUUGCAUUGGCUACUUUGUGUAUCUGCUGAAGCCGACACCUGCUGGUCGCAAUGUGUACUGUACAGAUUCCACACUCAGGGAUCCGUGUGUAAACCACACCAUCCUGGAUCAGCCCUGGAGGAGCACGGAUUGUUCAUUGGAAGAAUGCAGUGUAUACAUGAAUGAUGAAACCCAGACAGAAGGGUGGUACCGAUUCAAGAGUUCUGGGGGCUGGAGGAUUCCUGAGACUGUCGUUCCAACAUACAAGUGCUCCGGGACAAGCUCAGGCUGGUUAAAUGGUAGCCAUCCGAGCGUGGGAGAGGGGGAGGUCCACAGGACUGUCUGCUUCAGCUGGGAGCAAAGCAACUGCGAAACAAAGCGGACAAUCAAGAUCAAAAACUGUGGUGCUUUCUUUGUGUACUGGCUGAAGCCAACACUCUGCUGUGGCAAAGUUUAUUGUACAGGUUCUCAGUCAUCUGGGUCACUGUACAUCAAGCAGUAG